AUGUACUUUCUCACAGGCUGGCCCCGGAGACUGCUCUGUCCCCUGAAGAGUGAGGAGGACCCCUUCUUCAUCCAGCCCAGCUCACAGCGCUUGUACUUCGCAGUGCUCUCCCAGACUCAGCUCAGCAUCUGGUUCAGCCGGCCUGCUGUUUUGAUCGUCAGCUACAUUGAAUCAGUGAAGGCGGCCGAGCAGUUUGGAUCUUACGAAAAAGCAGAAUGGAAACCGGACGACUCCAUGAUCGCUGUGGCGACUGCCAAAGGGUAUGUGCUCCUCUUCGAUGUGCUGGGAGGAGGAGAAGACCGCUAUCUGUAUGAGCCUGUGUACCCAAGAGGAAGUUAUCGGUUGAAACUGAAUCCUGGCAUUAAGGAAGAGCAGUGCGCACCAGCUCUGUCCCUGGAGAUGAAGAAACCAGUGGAUCUGGAAGCUCCCAUCACCAGUCUGCAGACGCUGCAGCAGGAUCUGUUGGUCUGCACCUCUGACGGUUACCUCCACGUCCUGCACUGGGACGGACUCGGGAACAACGGCCGCAAAAGCAUCUGCCUCACGACCGUCCCCUUCUCCCUGGACCUGCAGUCUGCCCGAGGUGGUCCCUCGCUGGAUCUAGAAGGAGUCCACAUAUGCAGUAUGGAGUAUUGUGUGACUCUGGACGGAUUCGCGGCGGUUUUAAGCGACGGACGACUGGGAUUCAUCACUCCGCUGAGCAACUCCAUCACCGCCGACCAGCUGCAGGGCGUCUGGGCGGCGGAAGUGACCGACGGCGUUUGUGUCGCUGUCAACAACAAGUACAGACUGAUGGCGUUUGGCUGCGCCAGUGGCUCGGUGCUGGUCUACACGAUUGACACCACGACAGGAUUCAUGCAGCUGUCCCACAGACUGGAGCUCACCCCGAAACACUACCCAGACUCCUACAACAAAACGGGCGCGGUCAAGCUGGUUCGCUGGUCGCCGGACUACAGCGUCGUCAUGGUAACGUGGGAGUGUGGCGGCCUCUCACUGUGGAGCGUGUUCGGAGCUCACCUCUUCUGCACGCUCGGAGAAGACUUCUCGCACCGAUCGGACGGAACAAAGAAGGACCCCAUUAAAAUCAGCUCUAUGAGCUGGGGAGCAGAGGGAUACCAUCUGUGGGUUGUUCCAAACUCUAGACCAGAAGAGGAGCUGCUGGUCCAGGAGGAGGAGAAGCUGCCCACGCGCUCCUCUGGCAUUUUGCAAUUUCACUUCAUAAAGAGCGCACUCACGGUCAACCCCUGCACGAGUAACCAGGAGCAGGUUCUUCUCCACGGCGAGGAUCGGCUCUACCUGACCUGUGGAGACCUCGCUCAGGUCCACAGCUCUCUGGACUCUCACCAGCCCCCCAGCCGGGAAGCCACCCCCUCUCAGGGACUCAGCACUUUAUUGGGACACAAGCACUGGCAUGUUGUCCAGAUUCACAGCACAUAUCUUGAAAGCAACUGGCCGAUUCGGUUUGCAGCUAUAGACACUGCCGGCCAGUGCAUGGCAGUCGCAGGGAGGCGGGGUUUUGCACAUUACUCCUUGUACACCAGGAAAUGGAAACUAUUUGGAAACGUAACUCAGGAGCAGAACAUGACGGUCACCGGGGGUCUCGCCUGGUGGAACGACUUUGUGGUGGUUUCGUGUUACAACUUUAAUGACCAGCAAGAGCAAUUGCGGCUUUACCUCCGGACGUCAAACCUGGACAAUGUUUUUGCUUCGGUCACAAAGCUUCACUCCGACACUUUGCUGCUGAAUGUGUUUAAGGACAUGAUCAUCCUGUUUCGAGCCGACUGUUCCAUCUGCCUCUACAGCUUAGAACGAAGGAACGACAGUCCGACCGUGUGUGUGAACGUGGAGCUGCUUCAGGAGGUGUCCAUGUCCCGCUACAUCCCUCACCCCGGCCUUGUGGUCUCGGUGACUCUGACGUCUGUGCGGACAGAGACCGGCAUCACGCUCAAGGCCCCGCAGCAGGCGUGUAUGGCUGAGAGCAUCAUGCUGAACCUGGCGGGUCAGCUGAUCAUGCUGCAGAGAGACCGCUCAGGGCCACAGGUGCGAGAGAAGGAGGUCGCAGUCAACAACAAGAAACCACUGCCGUUCUGUCCUCCCGUCGUGCUGGCUCAGUGCGUGGAGAACGUGUGGACCACCUGCCGCUCCAACAGGAAGAAGCGCCACCUGCUGGAGGCGCUGUGGCUGUCCUGCGGCGAGGCGGGCAUGAAGGUCUGGCUGCCGCUGUUCCCCAGAGACCACCGUAAGCCGCACUCCUUCCUGUCGCGCCGCAUCAUGCUGCCGUUCCACAUCAACAUAUACCCUCUGGCCGUGCUGUUCGAGGACGCCCUGGUGCUGGGAGCCUCCAACGAGACCGUGCUGUACGACGGCCUGCAGUGCUCCGCCGAGGCACUGGAGGCGCUGUUCCCCUUCUGCACAGUGGAGAGGACCACGCAGAUCUACCUCCACCACAUUCUGAGGCAGCUGCUAGUCCGCAACCUGGGGGAACAGGCCUUGAUGCUGGCCCAGUCUUGUGCCUCUCUGCCGUACUUCCCCCACGUGAUGGAGCUGAUGGUGCAUGUGGUCCUGGAGGAGGAGGCCACGUCGCGGGAGCCCAUCCCAGACCCCCUGCUGCCCACCGUGGCCAAGUUCAUCACCGAGUUCCCCCUGUUCCUGCAGACCAUCGUGCACUGCGCCCGCAAGACCGAGUACGCCCUGUGGAACUACCUGUUCGCCGCCGUGGGGAACCCCAAGGACCUGUUCGAGGAGUGUCUCAUGGCUCAGGACCUGGACACUGCUGCUUCCUACCUGAUUAUCCUGCAGAACAUGGAGGUGCCGGCGGUGAGUCGUCAGCACGCCACGCUCCUGUUCAACACGGCGCUGGAACAGGGCAAGUGGGACCUGUGUAGAAACAUGAUCCGCUUCCUCAAAGCCAUCGGCUCUGGAGAGAUGGACACGCCCCCUCCCACGCCGACCAAUCAGGAUCCCAGCUCCGGAGGGUUUGAGUUCUUCCGUACGCGCAGCAUCAGUCUGUCUCAGUCGGCGGACGCCAUCGCUUCAGGGAAGUUCAACCUCCAGAAGACGUUCAGUAUGCCCAGCGGCCCCUGUGUCAAAGGGCGUGACGUGGACUGUGCAGAGAACAUGUACAUCGACCUGAUGCUGUGGCGUCACGCUCGCCACCUGCUGGAGCAGCUGAGAUUGCGGGACCUCGGCUGUUUCUCGGCUCAGCUGGGAUUCGAACUCAUCGGGUGGUUGUGUCGCGAGAGGAACCGCGUGGCUCGGGUCGAAGACUUUGUUUUUGCUCUAAAAGUGUUACACAAAGAUUUCCUUUGGCCGUUUCCUGUGAUCCCGGUCGGAUGCAUCAACUCUCCGCUGAAGAACGGGAGGAGUCGCUCUGUGCUGAGCAGCCGGUUACUUCAGUCGGAGUCGGCGGAGAGUUUGGUGAACAGUGACAUGGAGAGCGCCCCCCUGCAGAGCCCCAGCAGCAGCACCUGGAGGGAAUCCAUCUCUCAGACCAAAGACCUGGACCCUGUCUCAAACCAGCAGUCACCGCAGACACAGGACGCUUUUCUGUCCCUCGUCACUAAUAAAGUGGAAGAGUACAGUCUUGGAUCUGCCACUGACCUGACGGAGACCAGUUCGGUUCUGGACGGAGACUGGACCAUGGUGGAUGAAAACUCCUCCACUCUGUGUCUGAGCCAAUCAGAGCUGGAGCACAUCUCCAUGGAGCUGGCCAACAAGGGCCCCCACAAGUCCCAGGUCCAGCUCCGGUACCUGCUGCAUGUGUUCAUGGAGGCGGGCUGUCUGGAGUGGUGCGUUGUGAUUGGUCUGAUUCUGAGAGAUGCCAGUGUUAUCAAACAGGUCGUUAGCUUCCUGGACCAUCCGGAAAUCUCACCAGAAACUGUAAAAAACAUCAAAAACGGCUUGUUUUCUGUAGAGACGUGGGCUUCUACAGACUGUCUUGGAUACAAACCGUUCUUCAACCUAAUCCAGGCCCAGCUCCAGCAGCUGCUGGACUCCACCGCGGAGCAGGUCCAAGUGGAGGCGUUCCAGGCCAGCAGCCAGUCCAAGCUCGGGGGUCCUGAGGGGCAGACCAGCCCUGUGACCCCCCGUCCUGAGGAGACCAGAGGGGGCAGCACUCCGCUGGGCCUGGUCCUGCCCAAUCUGGAACCAGCAGGGGGCGCCACCGAGGAAUGUCCUGACGAACAGAUACAGGAGCCGGAGGACGAGGAGGGGGCCUACGACUGCACCCUGUCCUGA